AUGUCAUCUCCUUCAGCGUCCAUGGCGUCCGACACUGAACCACCUGUAAAGAGCAGGAAAUUUGUAGAAAAGGAUCAUAAGAAGAAGAAGAGCUCGAAAUCUUCCAUAAAAAUACCGAAGCCCACCAAAGACGUCGACGAAAACGCCGCCAGCCCCGAAUCCCCAGACACUCGACCCCGGAAGCGCAAGAGAGAUGUCCUCCCAGAAGGCGAAAUCGAGAUCGAUGUCAACCUCCCCGAGCCCCCGUCGAAGAAGGCCUUGAGGAGAGCCAAGAAGGGCAAGCCAAUGGUUGCAGCUCCUGCGGCUGCAGACACCGACAGCGAGGAUGAAGAUGGAGCACCGAAGGGCAAUCCAAAUUUUGAACGUUCCAAGUACGGGAUAUGGGUUGGAAACCUCCCCUGGACCGCUACGAAAGAAACACUCCGUGCCUUCAUCAUCGAGCGUUCCGACAUCACCGACGACCAAAUCACGCGAGUGAAUAUGCCCCCGCCUAACAAGGAGACUAGGCCCGGGCAAACCCUCAAGCCGCAGAACAAGGGCUUCGCAUACGUUGAUCUCUCGACAUCGGAGGCACUGGAGGCUGCUAUAGCAUUGAGCGAGACAUUGAUGGGAGGGCGAAGGUUGCUCAUCAAGAAUGCGAAAAGCUUCGAGGGUCGCCCGAAGACGGACCCUCUGGAUGCCUUGCUACCCAAGGAUGGCAAGCCGCCGAACAAUCGGAUAUUCGUUGGAAAUCUUAGCUUCGACGUGACGAAGGAGGAACUCACGCAGCACUACGCGCAGUGUGGUGAGGUGACUGACGUAUUCAUGGCUACAUUUGAGGACUCUGGGAAGUGCAAGGGGUUCGCAUGGGUCACUUUCGAGGAUCUAGAUGCUGCAAAAGCGGCGGUUGUUGGUUGGACAUACAAGUCGAAGAGUCACAGCGACGAUGAAAGCGAGGAAAGUGGGGGCGACGACACAAAACUUACCGAGAAUAAAAAAGCUAAACGACCCAAGAAAGAGAAGAAGAUGAAGUGGUACGUCAACCAGAUCCACGGUCGUGCCCUCCGCGUUGAGUUCGCCGAAGAUGCCCAAACCAGAUACAAGAAGCGGUAUGGCGGGAAAGGGGGCGGGGAUAAGGGUGAGAAUGGGGCUGACGGAGGAGAGGAUGGUGGAAACAGGCGUUUCGCCAACAACAAACCGCGUGGUGGCAAAAGCUCAUGGGGCCCUCCUCGAGAGUAUCACAAGGUUGAUGCCAGGACUAUUGCCCCUGGCGCCGCCCAUGUCUAUGCCCAGAGAGGCUCUGCGGCGAUUGUCGAGUCGAAAGGUAAGAAGACGACAUUUGAUUGAGGGAUUGAGGACCAGAGUUGCUCGGAACGCUCUACGAAUCACUUGCGCAUUUACGACUUGCGCACCAAACUGCCUGCUAAUUGAGCAUUAUGAUGCUUUCUCCUGCUGAACGACUCCUUCUGAUGUUGCGAUGCCCCAGCGUUUUUCAUUGUACCUCUGCAUGAAGCGCGAAACUCAACCUCAUGCAGAUGAUCCAACUUAGCAGCCAAUGACAAUGAUACCACCC